AAUCACUUCUUUUCCACAUGUAACUCUUCUGAUGUAAGACAAGCUGGGGCUCCCAUUCUGCUGUUUGUGCUGAACAUUGCAUGGAGAGGUGGUGAAUGAGCGAAGAUACCCUUGGUGAUGGUUCAAAUGUGGGAAUUGCUCUGGAUGUGGCUGUUGCUGAUGCUGCCCUGGGAAAAUGCCUUGAUAGGGAAUUAACACCAUUCAGUAAUGGGCUGUGGGACAAGCAAAGUGCUUCCCGAGCCCCCUAAAGAUGUGCAGCUAGAUCUGGUUAAAAAAGUAGAACCUUACACAGGCCACAAUGACAUAUACAAGCAUUUCAUCAAGGAUGGUUGUGGGGCUAUCAUCAAAGCUGACUCUCCCUCACCUCCACGUCAUACUAACCCAUAUCCUGGUAACCACCUUCCUACUCAUAUGGACCAGCCUGAGCUCCGCAGGAAUAAGGUGGCUAAAUACCGUGCUAAAUUUGACCCCAGAGUGACAGCCAAGUAUGACAUUAAAGCCCUGAUUGGAAGAGGAAGCUUUAGCCGUGUUGUACGGGUGGAACACAAGGCUACCAAGCAGCCCUAUGCAAUCAAGAUGAUAGAAACCAAAUACCGGGAGGGGAGAGAGGUGUGCGAGUCAGAGCUCAGCGUGCUGCGACGGGUCCGGCACACCAAUAUCAUCCAGCUUAUUGAGGUGUUUGAGACCCAGGACCGCGUGUACAUGGUGAUGGAAUUGGCAACUGGAGGGGAACUCUUUGACCGAAUCAUUGCUAAAGGCUCCUUCACUGAAAGAGAUGCUACACGUGUGCUGCAGAUGGUACUGGAUGGUGUCAAGUACUUACAUACACUGGGUAUCACACACCGAGAUUUAAAACCAGAGAAUCUGCUGUAUUACCAUCCUGGAACAGAUUCAAAAAUCAUGAUUACAGACUUUGGACUGGCAAGUGCUCGGAAGAAGGGAGAUGACUGCCUCAUGAAAACCACUUGUGGGACCCCGGAGUACAUAGCUCCCGAGAUCCUGGUCAGGAAGCCCUACACUAACUCUGUGGACAUGUGGGCGCUGGGGGUGAUCUCCUACAUCCUCCUCAGUGGCACGAUGCCUUUUGAAGAUGACAACCGCACCCGUUUAUAUCGGCAGAUCCUGAAAGGAAAAUACAGUUACUCAGGGGAGCCCUGGCCUAGUGUGUCCAACUUGGCCAAGGAUUUCAUUGAUCGUCUGCUCACAGUGGACCCCAGUGACAGGAUGACAGCCCUUCAAGCCCUGAAGCAUCCCUGGGUAGUGAGCAUGGCAGCCUCUUCCUCCAUGAAGAACCUACAUCGUUCCAUCUCUCAAAACCUUCUCAAAAGGGCAUCUUCCCGCUGCCAGAGCACCAAGUCUGCACAGUCCACCCGCUCCAGCCGCUCCACCAAGUCCAACAAGUCGCGGCGGGGGGGGGGACGGGUCAACCUGCGCUACCAGCAGCAAUACACUGGCUGAGCACUGCAGGGGGAUCGGCCAGAAGGCUUUCCAGGUGCCAUCCCUGUGGUGUAGGUGUGGAGCACCCUUUGCCACACACACGCUCAGUGAGGAACAUCCAGGUUCCUCCCUCCCUUCCUUCAGGUGUCCCCCUGUGACCAUGAGGUGUGAAGGAAAAGGAACCUUG